AUGCCUCCAAAAAAAUGUAGUCGUCUAGAAAUCAAACUAGAAGAACCAGCCGAAUGUGAAAUCAUCUUAGAAAAAGUCAAUAUGACAAAUUUAUCACAAAUUGUUAAAAACGAAAAAGAGGAAGAAGUUUUAAUCAAAGAAAGUUUUAAUGCUCAACAACUUAUUUCCAAUAUUGAUAUUUACAUUAAGCAAGAAGAACCAGUGGAAUUUGAUGACACAGAAUUAAAGAACGAAGAUGAUGAAAAUUGUGAAUAUGAAAAUGCUGAAAGUCUGAGUAAUGACGAAAAGGAAGAAAAGUUUGAUUUAAUCAAACCAAUUGAAGCUUUAGGAUCAAAAGAUUUAGUCUGUAAGACAUGUAAUGCAACAUUUAAAACAAGAACGGAACUAAAAACUCACCAAAAACUUCACGCAAAUCCUUUAAAAUGCAAAAAGUGCGCAAAAGUAUUUAAAAUUAAGAAGAACUUUGACACACAUAAAUGCACUUAUGAAUGCAAAAUUUGCCAAAAACCUUUUUUUCGAAAUGACAAUUUAACGCAGCACAUGAAUUAUGUUCAUGGAAAUUGGAAGAAAAGUGAGCUUUUUACUUGCGAUUGUUGUGCAAAAGGAUUUAAAUACAAAAAAUCACUUGUAUGUCAUAUGAAGCAGCAUAUGGAAGUAAAACCAUUGAUCUGCAACAUUUGCAAGCAAGGAUUUAGUGUUAAAAAUACAUAUAAACAGCACCUGCUUACUCAUUCAGGAAAGGUACCAUGUAAAGUUUGCGGUAAAAUGCUCAAACCUAGUGCAAUUUAUUAUCACAUGCGACAGGCACACGAAACAUCAAGGAAAUUCGUUUGUACAAUUUGUGAAGCUUCAUUUAAAACAAGAGGAGAUUUAAACAGCCAUUAUGGCACUCAUGACAAGAAGCAUCAAUGUAGCGUUUGUUUUAAAAAAUUUAGUCGAGGUUAUAAGCUUAAACUUCACUUCCAAAUACAUGAAAAUCCGAGAAUGUUUGAAUGCAAAAAAUGCAAUAAAAUUUUAGCAAGGAAGGAUACUUUAGAGAGUCAUGAAAAAUGGUGCGGCGAAACAUUCUGUUGCGGCCAUUGCGACUUUACAACAAAGUUUCCAAAGAGACUUUUAGGUCAUGAAGCGAAGUGCAUCGAAAAUGAAAAGACAAAGAGAUUUAAAACUUUUAGGGAUUUUAAAGACAGUUCAAGUGAUGAUCAAGAUGAUGAGAAAGAAGUCAGUAAAGAAUGUGCUGAAAAUGAUUUGUUUUGUAAACAUUGUAAUAAGAUAUUUGAUACUAAGAAGGAGUUAUCGGAGCAUAUAAUGAAAAUCAUUUUAUAA